AUGACCCCGUCCGCCAUAUCAGAUCUUACACGGGAUGCGCUGCCUCCGAGGGCUCGUAUUCUCGUCCCCGAGAAAGUUUCAGCCGAUGGCCUUGCUCUUUUAACACCCCAUUAUGACGUGGACGUUAAGGUCGGACUUUCGGCCGAAGAACUCAUUUCAAUCAUCCCGAGCUAUCAGGGCCUCAUUGUCCGAUCAGAAACAAAGGUCACCCCGGAGGUCUUACAGGCAGGCAAGAAGCUAAAAGUCGUGGCACGUGCCGGCGUGGGCGUCGACAAUAUUAAUGUGCCAGCGGCCACCAACCAAGGCAUCAUUGUCAUCAAUUCUCCGGCAGGGAAUAUCUUGGCAGCCGCGGAGCACACCAUUGCUCUGCUUCUGGCGACGGCCCGAAAUAUUGGUCGCGCUGAUGGAACCGUCAAGGAAGGAAAAUGGGAGAGAAGCAAGCUUGUUGGCGUGGAAGUCGGCCGUAAGACGCUUGGCAUUGUCGGGCUGGGUAAGGUUGGUCUGAAUGUUGCUAGGAUGGCCAAAGGCCUAGGCAUGCAGGUAAAAGCUGUCGACCCGUAUGCCAGUGCCGACAUGGCUCGCCAGGCUGGUGUUGAGCUUGUAUCGAGUCUCAAGGAUAUGCUGCCUCAAGUGGACUUUCUCACCAUUCACACGCCGUUGCUGGCAACGACGAUGGAUUUGAUUGGCGAGGAGGAGCUCAAGACGAUGAAAAAGACGGCGCGAGUUCUCAACGUCGCUCGAGGAGGUGUUUACAAUGAAGCUGCUCUGCUCAAGGGUCUGGAUGAGGGAUGGAUUGCUGGUGCUGGCAUGGAUGUCUUUACAACUGAGCCUCUAGCACCUGAUUCUGUCGCAGCACAACUUGCCAAGCACCCGAAGACCGUCGCCACACCACACCUGGGAGCAUCGACGGUUGAAGCACAAGAAAAUGUUUCGCUGGAUGUAUGUACGCAAAUGGUCGAGAUCCUCCGUGGCGGUCUGCCAACCAGUGCGGUCAACGCCCCCAUCAUCUUGCCAGAGGAGUACAGGAAGCUUCAGCCAGUGGUGCAAUUGGUCGAGAAAAUGGGCCGUCUGUAUACUCAGCAUUUCGUCAAGUCCAAGGGCGGUAUGAUUGGCGACCGGAAAUUCGAGCUUAUCUAUCACGGCGAUCUAGCUGGUAUGCCCAACACUAAGCCCCUAUUCGCUGCUCUUGUCAAGGGCCUCGUAGCUUCAUUCAGCGAUUCUCACAUCAACAUUGUCAACGCUACUCUUAUUGCCAAAGAGAAGGGCAUUGUCAUCAACGAAACCCACGCACGCCAAUCGAAAGACUUGACUUUCUCGAACUUGGUGACCCUGAAAUCUAUUGCUGAUGGCCCUGUUGGUGGGAAGACGGAGCAGAUAAUCGAGGGGUACGCCUCCGAUAAAAGGGUUUACAUUACCAAGCUGGACCGCUUCAACGCAACAUUCAGCCCGGAGGGUACUCUCAUCAUUCUUCACAAUUAUGAUGAACCUGGCAAGAUUGGUGGAGUGGGCAUGGUACUUGGUUCCCAUGGGAUCAACAUUCGAUACAUGCAGGUGGCGAGCCUCGAUGCAGAAGCUCGACAGGGCCACAAUACGCCGCCGACGCAGAAAGACAAUGAGGCUCUCAUGAUUUUGGGAGUGGACGGCGAGGUUGAUUCGAACGUCAUGGAUGGGUUACGUAAAUCAGAAGGUGUCCUAGAUGUCAGUUUGGUACAACUGUGA